CCCCCUCCGCCGGCCAUGCGGCGGCUCCCGCUGCUGCUGCCGCUGCUGCUGCUCGGGAUGGGGCUGGGCGAGCCGGGAGAGCCGGGGCAGCAGGGGCCGCUCGCCCCGUCGGGCGCGCAGUGCCUGCAGCACGCGUGUUUCGCCGUGUUCUGGGGGUCGCGCCCGUUCUCGGCGGCGAGCGCGGAGUGCGAGCGGGGCGGGGGGCACCUCAUGACCGUGCGCUCCACCGUGGCCGAGGAGGCGAUCGCGCUGCUGCUGCAGAACCGCGGCGGGCGCCUGUGGCUGGGGCUCAGCCUGGCGCCCUCGCUGCGCUGCACCGAGCCCUCCCUGCGGCUCCGCGGCUUCCGCUGGGUCACCCGGGACAACCGCACGGACUACAUCAACUGGGCGCCGUCGGGGCCGCGCUGCGGCGAGCGCUGCGUGACCGUGUCGCGGGACCUGCUCUGGGAGGAGCGGCGCUGCGAGGACCCCGCCGACGGCUUCCUCUGCGAGUACAACUACGGCAGCAGCUGCCCCCUCCUGCCGCCCGCCGAGGGGCUCGCCGUCAGCUACGCCACCCCCUUCGGCGCCCGCGGAGGGGAAUUCCUGGCGCUGCCGCCGCGCAGCGUGGCCUCGGUGCCCGCCCUGGGGCUGGAGCUGCGCUGCGACGAGGACGGCGAGGGCGGGCGGCUGCGCUGGGGCCGCGCCGCCCCGGGAGCGUGGCCGUGCCGCCUGGGCGGCGGCGGCUGCGAGGGCACCUGCAGCGAGGGCUCGGGCCGGCCGCGCUGCUCCUGCCCCGACGGCUCCGUGCUGGCUCCCGACGGGCGCGGGUGCCGCUCGCCCUGCGCGGGGGCGCCCUGCCAGCAGCACUGCGUGGUGUCCGGCAGCUCCUUCGUGUGCAUGUGCGACGCCGGGUACCACCUGGGCGCCGACGGCAGCACCUGCGAGGACAACGACGACUGCGCCAGCGAGCCCGGGCUGUGCGAGCAGCUCUGCGUCAACACCAUGGGCGGCUUCGAGUGCCGCUGCCACCCCGGCUACAGGAUGGUGGACGGGCACUGCCAGCGCGAGUCCCACUGCUACCGGGCGCCCUGCGAGCAGAGCUGCGAGGACGUGCCCGGCGGGUACCUCUGCGGGUGCUACGAAGGCUACGCCGUGGACCCGCGGGACCCCAGCCGGUGCCAGCCGCACUGCAGCGACAGCCAGUGCCCGCCCCUGUGCGACCAGUACGGCCAGGACUGCAAGUGCCCCGAGGGCUUCGUGCUGGACGACGACGAGCUCUGCGUGGACAUCGACGAGUGCGACAUGAACUACUGCGAGCACAACUGCACCAACCACCCCGGCGGCUUCCAGUGCCACUGCCCCGCCGGCUACCGGCUCGUCAGAGAAAUCGACUGCGUCCCGGUCCCGGAGCAGGAACCGGAGGGACCGUACUCGGGCGAUUUCGAACCCCAGACGCUCUCCCCCGACGCGCCCGUCCCGCGGACGCCCGCGCCCAGCCGGACCCCCCCGAAGGCGGAGCUGCUCCACCCCGGUGCCCUGGUGGGCAUCACCGUGGGCGCCGUGCUGACCGCCCUGGCCCUGCUGGCUCUGGGGUACCACCUGGCAAAGAAGCGAUGCCGGCCCCCCGCCACCAUGGACUACAAGUGCGGGGGUCCCCACGAGAAGGAGCUGGGGCUCCAGCCGGUGGCCUCGGGCUGUGCCGGCCCCGCACAGAAACUGUAGGGGCUCCAGGCAGGACGGAGAGAGGGAGGUGGACCGAACUGGGUAAUAUUUACACACCUCGCCCCUGCUGCAAUUUUUUAAUGAUGAUUUGGGAAAAGCUGUGAUCAACUCACUUCUAAAAAUACUCGCUGCUUUCUACCCGGCUCUUGCAAUGCUGGCGCCAGAGAGCCAGGAAGGCAGGAGGCACGGAGGCUGCUCCGUUCCUGCUCCGUUCGUUCCUGCUCCAUUCCCGCUCCCUUCGCAGGCGGCAGCCGGCAUUCAGCUUUCCUUUUCCCGAGCCAGUGGUCGGGGAAGCACCAAGGAAAAACCUAGGAGGGACAUCUCCAUCUGGAACGGUGUGCACCGCCUGAGUGACUCGGUGGGGACUGUGGAAGGUCGCCUGGCCCCCAAACCCUCCCCCUGGAGCCGGGCUGGAGAGGGUGGUUUUCCGGGACUGGGAGGCUCCUGCCUUUGUCCGGAGUCGGGUUAAUUUGUUUUAAACUGAUAGUUGAUUGAAGAAGGAGCAAAGGUGUUGUGGGCAGCACUUUAUCUGACCCCUCUGCCCCCCGUGUCUGCACUGUGCCCCCACGCCCCACCCCAUCCCUGAGCACUUCCCAGCUGAGAUCACUGGUGGUAGCGUGGACCCAGCUGAGUGUCACCCGCGGGGGCUAAAAUGCCCGAUUCCCGUUCCCUCACGUUGUUUUGGGGCUCUCUGUGGGGCGGGUUGGGUGGAGGUUAAACAGGGACACGACGCUGCCGGGGUUGGUUUUUCCGUGGUAGGGAAGGUUUGUGGCGCCACGGAGCCUCGUGCUCCCCACCCAAUUCCUUCCCUGAUUUCCCACCCUCGCUGCAUUUCAACUGAUUCAAGGUAUUUUUACCGACCCACUUACGAUCCCUCCUGCCCACAGGGAUUUUUCCUGCUUUCCCUUGACCGGGCCUGAGUCUAAUCCAUGCUGGAACUCACAGCAGAACAUUCCCACGGGGCAGGAUCCUGCCUGCUGCUUAUUUUCCAGCCAUGGCCUGGGGGAAGAUCUAGAAAAGGAUGUGUUUUUCCAGCUCCGUCGUUCCAUGGGGGUCCUGCUGCGGCGGCCGUGGUGGGGUGAAGCCGGCAGCUGCUGGUGGGAAUGUCGGAGCGGGUGCUGACAGCUUUAUGCCAGUGAAAUAUCAUCCCAGAGCAGCAGUUUGCUUUCCCACAGGAAGUUUGGCGAGCCCGGGAUCAGAGCUGGGGGGUCCUGUUCCCCCACCACUCCCCCCUCACAUACUCUGAACCCGCUGACAUGCAACAUCCCCCCUGGAAUGCUGAACCUACGCUGCAAAUUCCAAGGAAAAUCAAAAUAGUGGUGUGAACUGUGGGUUUCCUAAAAGGCUGUUGCCCCUGGGGCCGGGUAACAGAGGGUCUUGUCAAUAGACAAUUAGAGUGAAUGAUUUAUUGCAAAUUUAAGUCUGUGGCAGGUUUAUUUCAGAACAAUUUGGCUGCAAUGGAAAGGAGGGAUGGAGCUGUUUGCACUACCUAUAGGAAUGGAGAAUAUCAAAAUAUAAAGGAGUCACUUAAGAAAAUAUAUAAAGAGAAGAAAGAAAGAAAGAAAAAGAAAGGAUAAGAGUAGACAGUGGAAAGAUACCACCUGUGGCUCCAGUGAGGGCACUUGCUGUUGCAAUUUUGAUGUGUGAUGGUCACAGCCUUGAUCCGUCAGGGGUGGGGGAAGCCCCCAAAACACAAAGCUCCAAGGGUUAAAACACCUUCAGGCUCAGGUGGGAACACCCAGGUACCUCCCCUGCCUGAUCCAGCACUGUGGAUCACACACAACCCUCUGGUGGGAGCCCCAGAAAUGAGUCUGGGGGCACCUCGGGGGUCUUUGGUGGUUUAUGGCCCCUUCUAAGACGUGACCACGUUUGACCCUGAGCCAGCUAUGCCCGGUCAGAAGGGAUGAGCACCUUCUGGUUUAUGGGAUAGCUCCUGGGAGGAGAGGACGCUGGCAUGAUAAGAAGCAUCAUCCCACCUUGCAGGAGCUGCUUCUUCCUGGCCUUUUCCCUCAUCUGGCUUAAAACUCAGCUUGUUGUUAAACAAAGUCAGUUUGUCAUGGUCGCCCCUCCGGUGCCUUACAUGGGUCAGAGGUUCUGCCACCCAAAACCCCUGCUCCUCCCCUUCUGUGCUUCUCUCAAAUUCCCACUGUGGUGGUUUGUCUUAUGAAAAAAGUGUUUGAGACACGCAGAUGUCUUUAAUUCCUUCCAAAGGUCCUGCCCCCUGUUUUCUUUCCCCCUCCCCAGCACAUUUGUAAAUACUUAUUUAUUUAUUGGAAUUAUACCCUCCGUGAUGUCACGCAGUGAUCCUGUGUGGAGACCAAUAAAGCUUUUACAGUCUGGUUUAUAGAAA